AAAUGCAACAUGAACGUGGGUAGGGUAUGCAGCAAUAAAGCUUCCAGACCCUUCCCCCGGGGACUUCGUGGCCAGCUCCAUCUUAGAAUUAGCAUCCCAUAUACGAGACGAUACACUGUAACAGUCAAGACCCGUCCAUCUCAGCGGCGGCCUACGCUCUGUCAACUGCGUUAUCCUGCCCAGCCGACGGCGAAGGCGAGCAUGAGUCGUCGCGUGCCAAUCGAGUCGCAACGUGUGGACGCGCCGCUCACGCAGUCCGCAACCUUUCUUGUCUUGUCGGUUGCUAACAAUCCUGAUGCGGUGCAGAAUGUGCGCUCCACGCUUGCAGCAGUCGAUGGUCUCGCCAAGAAUGUCGCCAUUCGCGACCUGAAUGCUUCAUUCGCGUGUACUGUUGGAAUCGGCAGCAAUAUCUGGGACCAGCUUACCGGCCUCCCUCGACCGGCAGAACUACGUCCGUUCCCCACGAUAAAGGGCGCGGUUCACACUGCUGUCUCAACGGCCGGUGAUCUCCUUUUCCACAUCCGGUCGGAACGUCGAGACUUGUGUUUCGAAUUUGAACGGCAACUAAUGGACCUCUUGGGCGAUUCCGUGUCCGUUGUCGACCAGACGGUCGGUUUCCGCUAUUUCGACGUUCGAGAUCUCCUUGGAUUUGUUGACGGUACGGCGAACCCGGUCGGUCCAGCUGUAACAAACUCAAUUGUUAUUGAGGAGGAGGACGAAUCGGCGGUCGGUGGCAGCUAUAUCGUUGUGCAGAAAUACGUCCACGAUCUAAACGCGUGGAAGUCUCUCCCCACAGAGCAACAAGAGGCGAUAAUCGGUCGUACAAAGUGGGAUAACGUCGAGUUGCCCGAUGCAGAGUCUGGCCAGCAGUCGCACAAGACGCUCAACACCAUCGAGGAUGAGAACGGUAACGAAUACUCGAUCCUCAGGGACAACAUGCCUUUUGGCAACCCCAGCUCAGGCGAAUUCGGAACGUAUUUCAUUGGCUACACACGCCGCUUAUGGGUUAUCGAGAAGAUGCUGGAGCGCAUGUUUGUUGGGGAUCCCCCUGGGAAGCAUGAUCGCCUGCUCGACUUCUCUACACCGUUGACGGGUGGAACAUUCUUUGCACCGUCUGCCAGCUCCUUGGCCAGCCUUGGGGGCGACUGAUCACCUCUACGUCCGUUCCCGUCUAGUCAGCCCAUGUAUCUAGACUUUAAAGGCAUAAUUCCACUCUAAUGAGUAAAUGACGGCGUAGUUUCGUAAGAUAGAUGCUAUAUGGUCUUUUCCCCAUACCUCUGUCUCAAAGUUUCCUUUCCCCCCUGGUCUACUGUCGGAAACACGGACUUGAAGGCUGAGGAAAGCCAUAUUUAUGUGUUACAGGACAGGCAUCAAGCAAGCCCUACAAACUUUGGCGGUGAUUCUUUUCCCCUGUGAAUAAGUAGAUAACUCGAAUUAUACACUAUACUAAAACAAGUUUAACUAUGCUGAUGAUCGACCAUUGCCAGCACUUGUGCCAUCCUCAGUCUCCCAAACUUUUCAGCUUUCAGGCCCAAAGAUGCCUGGUAUUGCUGCCAGCAAGCUCCAACGGGGCCAGGAAGAAAUUAGACAUACCCACAAUUACAUUUAUAUUGGAAAUGUGCCACGUAUAGGAAGUGAGCCAGUCAAGAUCGUUUUUCC